AUUGUUUUGUUUACCGGAAGUGCCAAAAUUAUUUUUCCGUCAAGCGCACCACGUCAGCUAUACCAUCAUAACAAACUUCUCAUGCAGUCAUAGUACAUACAUGUACAUUAAACGUAGUCUUUGAUAUCAUCGUCGCCAGAAUGGUUUUAAUGACCAUGAUUGCACGAGUUGCAGAUGCACUGCCCUUAGCUGCAUCAAUGCAAGAGGAUGAACAGGCUGGAAGAAGUUUAAUGGACUACCAGGCACAAGCUAAACAACUUUUCCGUAAGAUAUCAACCGACCCACAGCCUCCAGGAAGAUGUAGUUUAGAAUCAGGACCAUAUAUUUUUCAUUAUAUUAUAGAAAGAGGUGUAUGUUAUCUUAUACUUUGUGAUAAAUCAUUCUCAAAGAGACUUGCAUUCCAAUAUUUGGAUGAUUUACAAACAGAAUUCUCGUUGCAAUAUAGUGGUAGAGUAGAAACAGUAUCUAGGCCAUACAGUUUUAUAGAAUUUGAUACAUACAUUCAGAAAGCACGGAAAUCUUACAUGGAUUCUAGAGCAAGAAAGAAUCUGAAUAACAUAAACACAGAACUCCAAGAUGUGCAUAGGAUAAUGGUACAAAAUAUUGAUGAUGUGUUACAGAGAGGAGAAACUCUAUCAGCACUAGAUAUGAAAGCCAGUAAUUUAUCAUCAGUUUCUCAGAAGUACAAGAAAGACUCUGCAUAUUUGAACUUAAGGUCAUCUUAUGCCAAAAUAGCAGCCAUUAUUAUUGUUGUCAUUGUAUUUUUAUUAUUUAUUAAAUUUUGGUGGUAAAUAAAUUAUAUUUAAUGUAAA